AUGGAGCUCGGUGCGUUUUGGAUGGAGAGGUUGAAGGCGUCGACGUUGUCGGCUCGAAUCAGGUGGUUCGAUUUCCCGGCAGCUCAGUGUAUGCCUCAGGCUGCUUCGGGCCAAUGGCGUAAGGCAUCAGGAUUGGUGGGUCCCGCUGCUCGCAAUUGCACAUCAGAUGUUCGUUCGGCCAACUCCAAACACUCCUUCCAAGGCCGACAAUUUCCAAUUGAAUCACCACCUCUGGACCUCUCUUCGACCCUCUCCACUCCGUCCAAAAUGCGUUCCACCGCUGCUCUCCGAAUGUUCAGGCAGACGCCUCGCAUGAUGCGACCCAUCCCCGUGAGUAUCUUCAAUCCAAUGGCAGAGGGAACGAGCUCUUUAGCCCUCGGCUCAAAGGAGGACCAGGCUGGCCACACUAUCUCCCAGCGACUCCGAAAGCUCAAGCAGAUCCCUCCUGAGCUGUACCCUCUUGCCGUUGUCGUUGGCUUCGCUAUCGGCGCUGCCGCCUACUCCAUCUCCCGAAAGUUCAUCGUCGACAAGAACCUCCGUCUCUCCCGACAGGGUGCUGCUGCGCGCGCCGCUGGUAACAGCCACGGUGAGGGUGAGAGUGAAGGUCACUAA